AUGGACUUUAUACAAGAUUACGCAGCGCUUAUCCCGCGCUUCCUCCCACCCUCGUUUGCAAGCCCCCUCCUCCAACUCCUCACAACCUUCUUCGGCAUCUCGCGCACCCUGACCACGCACCUCUCGCCUCUCCUCAACAAACUCAUCACACAGCCCGAUGUCGCCUCCAUCCUCGCCCUGCUCGCCAUAUUCUUCAUCUCCCUCAAGAUCCUGGACAUGAUGUACCGAGCCGUCAUCUUCUGGGUAAACCUGGCUUUGCGCCUGGUUUUCUGGGGCGGGAUACUCGUCGUGGGCUUCUGGGUAUACAACAGGGGGCCUGAGGGCUUUGUGGAAGAUGUGCAAGGCUUGGUCGAGUACUGGCUGGGACAGUAUGAGAUGUACAGUCAAGAGGUCAAGGGAUUCCAACAGCAGAAGGAGGACCAAAUCAGGAUGAAAGCGAGUGCGCAACAGCAGCAGAAGAGAAGGGGGUGGCGGUAA